AUGCCCCCAGCCGUCACGGGCAUAGUGAAUGAAUUCGUGCGCAUUUUGAGACGCCGAGCUGGCGGAGCUGGACCCAGUUUGACUUUCUUUCAGGAUGCGAUAUCCCCCGGAUUCAGGCUGGUGGCCUCCAAUUUCGGCGGUCCUCAUGGGGCAAGACAGGAGAUUGCGAUCUUUGAAGGGGAUGAGCACACGGGCGUCUUCGACUCGAUUUUACGGGACGCAUUAUCUUUGACGCCGUAUGCUCGACCAUUGAUCCGUCGAGUGAAGCUUUGGGUCCGGUGCCGCUGUCUCCACCUUCGAACAACAGGCCUCCACAACUGGACUUUGUUGGUCGUUUUCUUCCUGCAGCAGAAGCACAUGUUGCCUCCACUGCAGCAACUGCCAGGUUCGAGACCUGCAGACGAGUCGGUCCCCACGACAGAGAGGGAAAUUCGGCGCCUGCUGGGUGAGUUUGCGCAGUUCAGUGCUUCGUUGCUCUCAAGGCCACACCCCCGCAGCACCAUCAAUAUUUGGACAGGCAAGCUGGUCGCCGCAGAGGUGCGGACUUCAGCAGAAUGGUCCGUUCUGGACGAAAGAGUCGUCAUACAGGAGCUGAUGCAGCUACAUCACGCGGCUGCUGGCACUACUCCGUCCGGACCUUUCUCACACCCAUGCGAAACUUCAAGCAAAGGCUCUUGA